AUGAGGAAGGAGGUGUGUUCCCUGGCCUUCCUCAGAGCCGUCUUCUCCGAGUUCCUGGCCACCGCCAUCUUCGUCUUCUUCGGCCUGGGCUCAGCCCUCAAGUGGCCGUCGGCGCUGCCCAGCAUCCUGCAGAUCUCGUUGGCCUUCGGGCUGGCCAUCGGCACGCUGGUGCAGGCCCUGGGCCCGGUCAGCGGAGCCCACGUCAACCCGGCCAUCAGCAUCGCCCUGCUCCUGGGGAACCAGAUCUCGCUGCUGCGGGCCCUCUUCUACGUGGCCGCCCAGCUGGUGGGGGCCAUCGUCGGGGCCGGGAUCCUCUACGGCGUCACUCCUGUCAAUGCCCGCGGGAACCUCGCCGUCAACUCUCUCAACAACAACACGUCAUUGGGCCAGGCCGUCGUGGUAGAGAUGAUCUUGACAUUCCAGCUGGCCCUCUGCAUCUUCUCCUCCACGGACAGCCGGCGGUCCGCGCCCCUGGGCUCUCCGGCCCUGUCCAUCGGCCUCUCCGUCACCCUGGGUCAUCUGGUCGGGAUCUACUUCACAGGCUGUUCCAUGAAUCCCGCCCGCUCCUUGGGGCCGGCCGUCAUCAUGAAGCGCUUCAGCACCGCGCAUUGGGUGUUCUGGGUGGGUCCCAUCGUUGGGGCGGCCCUGGCUGCCUUGUUCUAUUUCUACCUGCUGUUUCCCAACUCGCUGAGCCUGGAGGACCGCGUGGCCAUCGUCAAGGGCUCCUACGAGCCCGAAGAGGACUGGGAAGAGCAGCGGGAGGACCAGAGGGAGGAGCGGAAAAAGACCAUGGAGCUGACCUGCCAGUGAUGGCCCAGGGGACCCCCGGGGAGGAGGCGCUGCCCUCCGAAGCCCCCCCGGAAAACGGGAACGAAGGAAGCCACCAAAAACCGGGGCAUCCCGGGGGGAAUCGGGCAGGCCCUGGGGCCGCCGUCCGAGGUCAUAGGUCAGAGGGGUCAGACAGGCCCGGGGUGUAUUUACUGAACGCUUACUGUGUGCAGAGCACUGUACCGAGCGCUUAGGAGAGUACGCUAUAGGAAUAGUCGGGGCAGCUCAGGGAUUUAGGAGCUGAUGUUGGGCUCUGUCUCCCCCGACCCCCAAACGCCAUUGCCCAGACCCCAGGA